GGACGGAAGAAAAGUGACCUAGCGAGGCCGAGGAGCCCGGCGCAGCGGGAGUCGCCCAGAGCGCAGCCUCUCCACUACAGAGCCUCAGCCUGCCUGGAAGAUGCCGAGAUCGUGCUGCAGCCACCCAGGGGCCCUACUGCUGGCCUUGCUGCUUCAGGCCUCCAUGGAAGUGAGUGGCUGGUGCCUGGAGAGCAGCCAGUGUCAGGACCUCACCACGGAAAGUAACCUGCUGGCGUGCAUCCGGGCGUGCAAGCCGGACCUCUCGGCCGAGACGCCCGUGCUCCCUGGCAACGGCGACGAGCAGCCGCUGACCGAGAACCCCCGGAAGUACGUCAUGGGCCACUUCCGCUGGGACCGGUUUGGCCGCCGCAAUGGCAGCGCGGGCCAGAAGCGUGAGGAAGAGGUCGCGGCGGGCGAAGGCCGCGCCCCUCUGCCCGAGGGCGGCCCCGGGCCCCGCGGCGAUGGCGAGGAGCUGGGCCUGCGCGAGGGCAAGCGCUCCUACUCCAUGGAGCACUUCCGCUGGGGCAAGCCCGUGGGCAAGAAGCGACGCCCCGUGAAAGUGUACCCCAAUGGCGCCGAGGACCAGUCGGCUGAGACCUUCCCCCUCGAGUUCAAGAGGGAGCUGGCCGGGGAGCGGCCGGAGCCGGUGCUCGGCCCCGAAGGCCCCGCGGCCUUGGCCGACCUGGAGUACGGCCUGGAGUACGGCCUGGCGGCAGAGGCCCAGGUGGCCGAGAAGAAGGACGAAGGGCCCUAUAAGAUGGAGCACUUUCGCUGGGGCAGCCCGCCCAAGGACAAGCGCUACGGCGGCUUCAUGACCUCGGAGAAGAGCCAGACGCCUCUGGUGACGCUGUUCAAAAACGCCAUCAUCAAGAACGCCCACAAGAAGGGCCAGUGACGCGCAGCGGGCCAGAGGCUUCUCUUCCCAGAAGUGGACCCGAAGGCCCCCUCUCCGCCCCUGCCUCCUCCUGCGGCCUCCCAGCCUGGGUGUGCUACUCGCUCAGGCAGUGAGAGCCCCUGAUAGUCAGCCUCUGAAAGCUGUCUGUAGUUAGGAAAUAAAACCUUUCAAGUUUCA